CGAAGACGAAGACGAAGACGAAGAAGAAGAAGAAGAAGAAGAAGAAGAAGAAGAAGAAGACAACGAAAAAGAAGAAGAAGCAGAGGAACAAGAAGUAGAAGACCAAGAAAGCGAAGAAGUGAAGGAAGAAGAACACGAAGUGUCGCCAGUAAAUCAGCAAACCGCCGACGGGCAGGCAACCGCAACGGGAAAGAACCCGAGACCCGCGGCACCGGCCAACAACAGCGUGCUAUUAUCAUCUUGGCCAGGUGCGUUUCAUGCUAAGCAAAAAGAGGCUAGGAGACGACACAACGCUGGCGGACGGGGAACGUAAUGGGAGCGCCGUGGUCACGGGCCCGGUGCUAUCGUCGUCGUCGUCGUCGUGCACGGUGCCCUACAUCGGCACCGACCAGGGUUUCGUGUUCGAGGGUGGCGGCACGACGACGUUGCAGUGGGCCGGUGCAUCUAUCCCAAGUUGCACCGGUGGCGGAGGAGGAGGAGGAACCCUCGGGGUCGGCGUCGACCCCGGUACCGGUAUAGGUGUAAUCGGCCUGGGGGUUAGCAUGGGUGGAGGCGGAGGGAUCGCCGUAGUCGCCGGAGGGAAAACCGCCGGCGGUGCCGCCGGGUCAGUAGCAGGAGUAGCCGGAGGCGGGGGUGUAGGUGGUACGAACAAAGAGGUNNNUUACGCUCCGUUCACGACGUCCGUGGGACCGGCCGGUUCGGUGGCGCCGGUGAACCUGCCGCCGCCGCCUCUGCCGCCGCCUCUGCCGCCGCCGCCGCCGCCGCCGCCGCCGCCACCGCCGCCGCCCCUGCCGCUGCAGAUGCAGCAGCAGCGUGCGUUCUCGAGGUCGAUGACGUCCCUGCCGCCCGAGCCGUUCAUGAUCAUGAGGUCGAAGGCCCUGAACCGGCGGGUCUCGAUCAACGUUGGCGGUGUCAAGCACGAGGUGCUAUGGCGCACCCUGGAACGGUUGCCGCACACACGGCUCGGCCGCCUGAAGGACUGCAACACCCACGAGGCGAUCACCGAGCUGUGCGACGAUUACUCGCUAAUCGACAACGAGUACUUCUUCGACCGCCACCCGAAAUCGUUCAGCUCGAUUCUGAACUUCUACCGGACCGGGAAGCUCCAUCUAGUCGACGAGAUGUGUGUGCUGGCGUUCAGCGAUGAUCUCGAGUAUUGGGGCGUCGACGAGCUUUACCUCGAGAGCUGUUGCCAGCACAAGUACCAUCAACGGAAGGAGCACGUGCACGAGGAGAUGAGGAAGGAGGCCGAGUCGCUCAGGCAAAGGGAGGAGGAGGAGUUCGGGGAGGGGAAGUGCGCGCAAUACCAGAAAUGGCUCUGGGACCUGCUCGAGAAGCCGACCACCUCGAUCGCCGCCAGGGUGAUAGCUGUGAUAUCAAUACUCUUUAUUGUGCUUUCGACGAUCGCACUAACUCUCAACACCAUUCCUAGUAUGCAAGUGAAUGAUGAGAAGGGGAACUUUCAAGACAAUCCGCAUUUCGCCAUCGUGGAGGCCGUGUGCAUCACAUGGUUCACCCUCGAGUACGUGCUUAGGUUCAGUGCGUCGCCGGACAAGUGGAAGUUCUUCAAGGGCGGUCUGAACGUGAUCGACCUGUUGGCGAUACUGCCGUACUACGUAUCUCUGUUCCUGGUCGAGACGAACAAGAACGCGACCGACCAGUUCCAGGACGUGCGCAGGGUAGUGCAGAUCUUUCGUAUAAUGCGGAUCCUGAGGAUUCUGAAACUGGCCCGCCACUCGACCGGGCUGCAGAGCCUCGGCUUCACGUUACGUAACUCGUACAAGGAGCUGGGCCUGCUGAUGCUCUUCCUGGCGAUGGGCGUCCUCAUAUUCUCGAGCCUCGCCUACUUCGCCGAGAAGGAGGAGCCCGGGACCAAAUUCGUAAGCAUUCCAGAGACGUUCUGGUGGGCGGGCAUCACGAUGACCACCGUCGGAUACGGCGACAUCUACCCCACGACCCCGCUCGGCAAGGUGAUCGGCAGUGUGUGUUGUAUAUGUGGUGUCCUGGUAAUCGCGUUGCCCAUUCCCAUUAUCGUAAACAACUUCGCCGAGUUCUACAAGAACCAGAUGAGACGGGAGAAGGCCCUCAAGAGGCGGGAGGCGCUCGAGAGGGCCAAGCGCGAGGGCAGCAUCGUGUCUUUCCAUCACAUCAAUCUGAGGGACGCCUUCGCGAAGAGCAUGGACCUGAUCGACGUGAUCGUCGACACCGGUCACAAUAUGUCAGGGAUGGAUGGUAACAGCACGGAGGGGGAGUCCGUGUGCGGCCGGGGCCCAGCCCAGACCGGGCCCGGCUGUUAUCGUAACUAUGAGCAUUACAGUGUGUCGCGGCAUCGUCGCAGCGCCUCAUCCUGCUUCCCGAACCUGCCGAACGAUCUGCCGGCGAACACCCCGGACAGCCCGAACCGACGACUCCUGGACUUCGCGCAGAGCGUGCCCGGCACCCAGAACGACGACUACUUCCAGGACGAGGUGCCGGCCCAGCACGUCGUGAACCAAGGCAAUACCACACCUAGCGAUGAAGAGAAAAAAGACAGCAGAAAAUUCGAGAAAAAUGAUGAAAUACCUAGCGAAUUCGAGUGUUGCUUUUGUACUACGAAGGAAUACAAAGAAUUCAGAGACGCGGAAAAUAUAAUGCCGCUGGCGACCAGCGACUUUCGUAAUCCCAUCUGCCAGGAGAUGAGGUCGAUGCGGUCCGGGAUGUUGGUGGAGCCGCUCCCUCAGUCGAUCUUCACCGAGACGAAGACGUCACCGGCCCAGCCGCCCGAGGUCUCCAGUUACGGGAAACCGUACAACGAGCAAGGAAGCGUGGACAGCUCCGAUACGUACGCUAGCUGUCAGACGCAUCCGUCCCAGGGCGACCUCACCGAGGAGGCGGAUACCAACAAUCUGUACGUGAACCCGCUCGAGGCGGCUGAGAAGUGCGGGAAUAGAGUGAAGAAGUCGGUUUCCGGCGAGGUGGCUCGCAACGCCUCCGACGCGUCGCCUAGCGUCGAGUCCUUGAAAGACGUCCGGCCGGCGAACGAAGGGGGCAAAGCUCCGCUGAACGACACGGUGCCCAAGCACAGGAAAAUUCGUAUUCAACAGAGCGCGAGACUUCGCGCGCAGUUUAUCAACGACCAGGAAAACAUUGCCGCGCGUAACACCAUGAAAGAGGACUACCUGGAGAACAACAAUUAUUACGGCGGGCUUCGAGGGGGAAGACCGUUCCCUGCCACCAACAGCAGCUUGGUCUCGGCUACGAGGAUACUGAAUCAGCACCUUUUCGGGUCCGGCAGCGGGCCCAGACAAUACACAGGUACGAACACCGAAAGCAAGCUCUCCCUGUCCGCCGACUCGAUAGACGGCGAGGGUGUGCCUUUCAUAGACAGACACCGGGCGGUCUCAAAGUCGAUCCUGAAGAAGUCCGAGAGCAGCAACAACUACUACAACGCUGGUGACUCGGACACCGAGAAGCUGAUCACGGACAACGCGUCCACGGUCAGCGUGUGCGACAACGAGACGAGUGGCACCACCGGGGCCGUGUUCGCCGGCGUCGACGGGACGAAGGCUAGGCAGCAACCUGUUUCGCCGUUGCUCUCCAGACAGGUCCUCGAGUCGAUCUUCCGCACGAACAAUAACGUCGAGAGGGAGGACGAGGCAGCCGAUCAGUCGGACGAGAAGAGCUACGCGUCGAAGAUCACCAGGUCGAUAUUCGAUGACGUCCUCGAAGAGGAGAAGCACACGCAGGACGAGACGCUGACGGAGAACAAGAACAAAGACGACCAGAGGAGGCCGAAGCCGCGCGCGGACGAGUCCUCGAAGGACAGCCAGACGAUGCUGAUAUGCUCUUUGCGCCAGUACAAAGUGAAGAAGUCGGGCGGGGACGAGAAGCGACGGUCGAAGACGAACAAUCACGGCUACGUCAAAGGGACGGACGCGAAUUGUCUGCCGCAGGAGCAUCGUUUCUCGUCGUAGCGUAGCCGGUCCCUGCGCGAAAUCCUCCUCCCGCGCGAUCGAGAGAUCGAGUCGCUCCGCGAUCGCCGCGUCGACUUGUCCCUGUUCGAAGCGUCGUUAACAUCCCUGCAAGCCGCGGUUCCCGGAUCGACCUCCAUUGUGUAAAUAUUUCAAGCGAAACGGGAGAGAUGGGACCCGGAAGCACGGACGCUAGCAAUACCCAAGAGCAGAGGCACAGUUUAGGGGAUGAAAGACUAAACCCGGCAGACACUUGAACGCGAGGAGCUAAAAAAUUGAUCUUGCAAAGAGAGACUCGAUGCUGUGCCCAGAAUUUAAACGGGACAAAUGGUAGUUAACGAUUUCGGGCGCUGGAAAAUGGCGGUAGAACAGAAUCAAAGACGAUUAUCAGUGUUAGGGGAUAUGCUGAAUGUCCUGUGAAACGGCAGACGGUUCGCGGGAUGGAUCGUCGGGGCGACGGGAUCGAAGAACGAACGAACGAUACGAGUAUGAGCCGAUGGUAACGAUGUAAUUAAGUCAUUGGAAAUAAACAGUAACGAGCAAAUAAUUACUUUAGGCAAUACGCUUUUUCCUCGCUCGCUGAGAAAGAGCUGGCGCUAGCGACCCUACGGACACACGAAUGUUUGCGCACACGCGUUCAGACGGACAAACGGCUCUGUUACCUUCCUAGAUUAGCCUUGAACCUUGUCGGAGCUAGACGGCUUUGGUUGUCGCGUGGAAACGCAAGUGUAGAUUAAAGAACAGAAGACAAAGUAGCAUAUGUUCAGCGUUUCCAGGGAUAGUUUGUGUGAAACGGUUACGAUGCGAUCGGAUUUGGUUUCCCUGGGGACGAACAAGGAUGUUCGUUCAUUUCGCUGGGUAUGCCACGUGCAAUUAGACGGUGUCUUUGUGUUAAGAGGCGUCGCGCGAGGCAGACGCGGCCGUUGACGCAGGAUAACGGCUUGCAAGAGCGUGAAGCACGCGCACGGUGGCCGCAACUCGACGAUAACUGCCUUUCCUUCAAGUUCCACUGUUACUUUUCGCCUUCGCUGUUGAGUCUUUUAAUGAAACUUUGAAGAUUUGUAUGACGCCGAACGAUAGAACCAUGGUUAGACAGAUGUUGACACGUUCGGGACCGUUGACGUGAAUUCACGUCUUUUCAAAGUCUAUUCCUGGUUGCCGGUGUUCAAAUAUUUCCUUUCGAAAUAUUUUAUUCUUUUCAUUUGUCUGUCUAGUUUUCCCAUUUACGACUUCUUUAACCUUUUGCGGACGAAUCUUCUUUAUAAUGUACAAAACCUUCAGCUAAUAAAGCCAAAUUAUAUGUCGAAUGCUUAAAUAAUAGAGAAAAAGAAACUAUUUUUGUCUCUAUUUUAACGUCAGAAAUUUGCAGAAAUUGGUUUAAGAUUUUCUUCACUUUCACCGCCAAUGAAUAUUAGAAAAUCGAAAAAUUCUCCGAUCGCGAAUGUGUCAACGGCUUCCGGUCGCCUAGUGUGCAGUGUGUUCACGAAAUCGAAGUGCAAAGGGGGGAAAUGAUUCUACGCGAGAAGCUGAAUCGAAAUUGUGCAAUGGAUGUUUCUCGUACGACACUUCGUCGCUGAGAUAAUCGAUCAUCUUCAUAACGGAAGCUUCUAGAGAAAAAUUGUAUUGCACAUUUCAGGUUUGUUUUUUCGUGUAGAUUCAUUUUCUAUCCUUUUGUACCGCGAUUUCGGAAUUAUACUGUGUAUUCUUUGAUAUUUCUCGUAGACCACUGAUAGCAGGAAAGAUAACCCUAUAGAUAAGUGGAUUAGAGAUCGAUCAUAGAUGAGUGAGAUAGACUCGAAUAGCCAAGAGGAAGUAGUGAAUGCUUUCCCUAGAUGAAAGGGUAGAUUAUCAGACGUUUAGGACAGAGAAGUAGAUUAUGAUUGCGUGUGGCCAGACGAGAAUGUAAAUUGUUCAUAGACAGACGAGUAGAUUAGUCAUGUAUGAAUCAGGAAAGUAGGGCGUAGACAGUUACUGGUGCAUAUGACAAGGCAAUAGCGUUGAAUUUCUUGAGUAAGUAGAAAUAUGAACCACUGUCAGACUGACAAGUAGAUAAAGAUUGUCUCUGAUUAGAGUAAAAACGUACCAGUUGAUAAUGGAAGGACAAAUAAGGGAGACGUAUUGGUUAUCGAAGUUACAAGUGUUCUUGAUUAAAUAAGGGAAUUAAUUGUAGGCUCAGGUCAGACAAGUAGUGCAAGACUUGAUGUGGAUCACGUGAGUAGAAUAUAGACUGUUCUUGGUCAGCCAAGUGGAGUAUAAGUCCUGUUUAACCAAACAAGUAGAGUACGCUUCCUUUUGUGUCAAAUAUGUAGAGUAAUCCUUGUCUUAGUGAAAACGAGUAGAUAUCACAGACAUGAAUAAUGAUUUCAAGAAUUGUAAAUAUAUAUUUUUAAAUAUCCCUGGUAUAUAACUGUUGGUUAAACUUUUGUUGACAUAUUCUUUGUGAUCCCCUUUUCUUCUUGGCCCUUUACGAACUCGCAAAGUUUCAUUAAACUUGGACUCGCGGACACUGAAUUUUUAUAUUGUAUAUACCUCGUGAUACUCUUUAUUAUAUUUAUUUUUCUGCUCAGUUUUACUCAUCAGCUAGCAUACAAAAUAAUUAGUAGCCCACAGUUGUGCACCAAUUGUAUUGAGUGUUUCAAAAUAUAGAUCUAUUGGUUAGUACUAGAUACAGAAUGAUAUAAAUAAUUCAGAACAUAUAUUUUUUAAGUCUAUAUCCAGAAUAUAAAUUCUUUUAUAGAGUACAUAUUUUCUUAAUGAUUAUUUGCAUAAUAAUUAUUUUUAUGUCAACGUUCAUAUUCAUUAUGAUGUUUAUUGAUUUAUUCAAACACAAAUUAAUGUCUAAGUAAUUUAUUUACAAGUUUUUACAAUUGGUAUUUAAUAUUCUCUUAUUAUUUACUAUUUAUGUUGAACGCAGCCCACAGAUAAAUUUUAUUUUCUUACUCUAUUUCUAUCAACUAAUUCGAUUUGUAUUAAACUUUGAAACACUCUGUAUGGUAAGUUAAUUUUUGAAUAUUUCCAUGCCAGUCUUUCAGUUCAAUUUAAUACUCAGUGUCGUCCGCUUCCUGCCCCUGUAAUCGAUUAACUUUACUAAGUCUUUGUUUCGUUGAAAUUAACGUAAUUUUAUCAGAAUUUAAUUGAGGAUCGCCACUUCCAGAGAGUUGUAUCCAUACGGUCACGUUUUUCCACGCGAAGCGCAGGUUUAGAGCAGAGGUACAGUGUAGUACGACGGUUCUUCGAGAACUGAACGUCCGGUCACACGCAGGAUCAUGCUGCUCGGGCCGGUUUGCUUGAUAAAAAACAAACUGCAGACUUUACGAAUUCUUAACAAUGAAUAUUCAAUUUAUUUUAAUCAACCAAAAGAGUAAAUUCCUUUUUACUUCUCAUUUUCGUAGAUUUCAUUUAUAAAUAUCCGAAUAUCGAUAGAAAUGUUUUCUUUUACAGCAUGAAUUAAUAUUUAUUUUAUAUUUUAUAAUAACAGUAAUAAAGUAAUAAUAAAAUAAUUAUAACAAUAACUAUUAUUAUAA